ACCUUGUGGAGAGGUAUUCACCUAAAUUAGGGUAAGUAAAGAAAUGUGUUAUCUAUUAACAUGACCACAGGGAAGCUCUUCACUCAUUGGUCAAACAUUAUGUUUGUCUUGUGUGUGUGUGUGCGCUUGUCGAUCUUUUUUUAAUUUCAUAGCCCUGCACAGCCACUUGUUUGUUGGUGGUCGGUAGCUCAAAACUCAUCUGCACCGAUCAGAGUGGUAAAAGUGCAACAGAAGUUUUUUUUUCUUGGAUCGAAGGCGAAUUGGAACUGUUACUGAGGAUGGAAACUAGGAAGGACAGCAACUUGGUCUCAAAGUUUGGGUGCUACUGAGCAGACUGUCCCAAGAGGCUUUGAAUAAACCAAAAGGAGGCAGGAAAAAAAAUGACCUAAUUAGCGACAAGCGUGAUUGACAACCUGGUGCAACCGUGUCUGUGGUUAUUUCCCCAAGUUUCACCCACAAGGCUCACACAUGCAUCGGAGCACAUACUCGUACGACACAUACACAAACCCCACCCUUCCUUUCUCGCCAUCCGCCCCGGUCCUCCAUGGAUUCCUACAACUUCCACUUUGAGAGAAUGAGCAACGUGGACCUGCAUAGCCUGAGCCUGCCCGUCAGCCGGCUCUCCCCAGCCAAGUCCAACAGCAGCAUCGUCGACCAACUCGCCCACCACCAACACGGCAAAGGAGACUCUGCCUACAGCUCCUUCUCUGGUGGGUCCACUGCCCCAGACUACCCUUCCCCCUUCGUCCCAGACGACCUACACUCCAGCGCCUUCAGUCACUAUGCUGAUCUCAAGUAUGUAAAGUCCAUUUAUCAUCCAACCCAGGUUGUGCAGUCUGAUUCGAAGACCAUGGACCAGCUCUUUCGCUCUGUGGAAGCUAUCUCUCAGCACUAUCGCAACAACACCAGUACCAACGUAAACCACCACAACCACAAUGGCAAUGACAGUUUCCACAACAACAAAAACAACAAAGUGCUCUCUAAACAAGAGGUGUCUUCAGGCUCUCCUUCCAAGGGUUCUUACCCUCCUGUCCAUCCUCCUCCUGUCCCAGCACGCCUGGAUAGUUUCAUAGCCACAAAAAACUUGGAGAACAGCAGGGUCCACCACCACCAAGGUACUGAGUUUCAACCCCCGCAGCCACAGCCUCAACAACAACCCAGACCCUACAAUAGACUCCAUUCACAGCACCACGGUCUGAAUGCCAGAAACCCCGAGAAGGCUAACCCAGAUACAGCCAACUCAAGCCUCAAUUCUGACCCUGUGUUUUCAGUUUGGAGGGGCUCUCAACCUCAGGCCCAGCAAGCACCAGUCCACCGCCCUCACCUCCAGUCUCAUGAUCAGACCAGGGUGCCGUUGAACCCAGAGUACCCUUUCAUUCUGGAUAACAAAGCUGACUCUGAGCAGCAGAAAUCAAAAAACCUCCCAAGUGGAUCACCACCCCGAGGCACGAGCCAGUCUGAUUACCUGAAACCCCGACAGCUCUCCAGCAGCGGUGGAUGCAAUGGAGACCAUCACAACAAGUCCAGUGGUAGCAGUAGCAAUGUAGAGAGUCAGCGCAAACGGGCCCACUCGGCUCACGAUUGGCUUGGGUCAGAGACGAGCCGAGCUGCCAGCCCCUGGAAUUCUGGUCAGAGUUUUAUCAACAGCAGCAUCCAACAUAAGGGUCAGUUCUACUUUGUCACGGGAUUGUGUAAGCUGUCUGACUCCGGGAUGAGGACAAAUUCUUCAUCUGUGUGUGGGUCUGACACCGGGAGUGAGAGCUCCACUGUGUUGGAGAAGCACCGGAUAAGAGAAAAAGAAAGAAGCCACAGCACUAUGGAUAGUUUGUUCAGACCUCUCCAAGAGAGUUCUCGUACUUCCAGUGGUACAAUUCCAGGUGAGAGGGAGGUUUUCACUUCUGUGUCCCAGGGCAAAGACCUGUCCUCCAGGAGUCAGGAUCAGGAGAAUCACAGGCCAUCCUUCCUCUUGACGCAGUCCUCUCGAAGCUUUGACUCCUUGGAAGAAAUCAACAUGAUCCAAAGCCGAGAGAUCGGCCGCCACACUGCGAACAACCCCAUAUUCUACUGUGGACCUGACAGAAACUGCCCGCCACAUUCAGCAACGCAAACGAAGGAGGCCGCCUCGCUAAUAAGCAAUGAACAGCCCAACCAUAAGAGAGAGGAGCAGGCAAAGAGAGGGAAACGGCAGCCUUUGGGGGAUGUAGCCAGCGAGAGGAUAAACAAAGAAACGACCCCACUUCUCUAUCACCUCACUGAAGCCAACCGGGCGGCCUUACAGCCCAGAAAGGAGGCUGAGAGCAGCAUGAAAGGCAAGGAAGCAAUCUUACACAAAACAGAUCAUGGGGACGUGUCAGGAAAUGACAAUAAGAGACCUCCACAAGGUGACAUGAGCAAGAACGACCGAGGGGAUGGCAUCUCUGUUGCCUGUAACACUCUUGAUGACUCAUUUAAAAAGUACUACAAAGAGAAGCUAAAGGAUGCCCAGUCUAAGGUGCUGAGGGAGACUUCAUUUAAAAGGAGGGACCUGCAGCUGUCAUGGCCACACCGUAUCAGGCAAAAACCUGAGCUGAGGCCUUCAGUGAUUCACUCGUUCUCCCUGUCACAAGAUUCUGAGAUGUCCACAGACACACUCACUCCCUCUGUGACCUCUGAGGAGACAGAGCGGGGGAGCAUAAAGGAAGAGGUCAGUGAGAAUCAGAAUGAGACAGACAAAGAGACUGAAAAGGAAAACGGGAGACCAUCGAACGUGGCCCAGCCCCAAGUGGCACGCGUCGGAGGCAGGAAGCGAUUGACUCUAGAGCAGAAGAAGAUGUGCUACUCUGAACCCGAGAAACUCAACCAGCUCGGCAGCACCCCUAGCCACUCCGCUUGCCGCUCAUACGGCAACGAAAGCGACAACCUGUUUGCAUCCGAAUGUGACGGAGAGGAGUGCGUGCAGCAAGGAGAGCCGGGACUGGUCGCAGCACGCCGGAAGAUGUUCGAGACAAGAGGUCGAGCCCUUUCAGCCUCUAGCACCUCAAAGACAAAUCUUAAACAACAGCAACACAAGGCUCUGGUGGAGUACAUGGAGCGCAAGACUGGCCAGAAAGUGGCUGAGCCACAACAACCAGCGCCGCAGUUGCCACCUUCACCCCGACAGAGGCACUCCCUGGGGGAGAAACCGUUCGACUGGGGUCCCAGGCCUCAAUCAGGAAAUCACGAAGGCAAAAAUACAAAGAAGAAGCUCCACAGACCCCACUCCGCUGGCCGCAUCCUUGAUUCUUCCACCAGCUCCAUCAGGUAUGCACAGUUCUUCUCAGCACAGUCUUGUUCAGGCCAAUUCGCUGACCAGUCCAAUCAGCCCAGGUGGAGGGAGAGCCAAGGUCCCUAUCAGGGGAAGUCUGCCUCAGUGGAGAGUCUCCUGGACCAGCCAGAACCUCCUAGUUUCUACAGGAACAGAUCAAUAUCCACACCACAGGCAUAUCAGGCACACGACGACGAGCGGGAUCCAUCACCAGUUAAUACUAUGGAAACCUGUAGUCCGCAGACAACUACCACGGAGAAUUCCUGGGUAAAGCGGGUCUCGGAGGGCAAGCCGUAUGUCCGCGUUGUUGCACAGAGGGGGAAGUCCAUGGAAGAGCUUGGGGCAUCAAAAUUAACAAGACCAUCGGCCUUGAGUAAAAGUUCUGAGCAGUUGGAUCAACUGUGGAGACGCUCGACUGGACCAGGAGGCGCAGAAGUAGAAAAGAGGAGUUUUUCAUUUAUUACCGAAGUCAGAGAAGCCCAGGGACUGGAGAGAGGGAGGAACAAACAGUAUUUGACAGAGCAAGCGGGAGAAGAACCAGAUGUUGUUGGUCAGAAGAACACUCAGGGACAGAUUCAAAACCAAACCCAGAAAACUCCUCCGCUGAAGCAGAACUCAGAACCAGGGGAGGACGCAACGGUGGGAACAAGGAACUCGAGCAGAUCCACCUCCCCGGCCUCCCGCUCCUUUUCCAGGGCCAGGGUUCGCUCUGGAUCUCCUGGAUCUCAUGACCCUGUCACAGAUGAGGUUCGGUCCAGCAGACCGCCAAGUGAGACCUCAUCUAAUCAACCUUCUCCCAGAGUUACAGAGACCAAUGAGAGGGUGAUAAAAUCCACCUCAUCCACCCCUGUCCAGACAAAGCUCCCUUGUGAGAGCAGGCUUUGCUUCAGCAGUGUCAGAACCUCUCCAUCUGCGACUGGAACGGAGAGGGAGCAGUUUGUGGAUGAACCGAAAAGUGACACCCCACUGCCUGAUUCAAACCACGAAGUGUCUCUGAGCUGCGGCGUCACCACAGAUCCAUCGCUGUGGAUUCUCCCUCUGGAGGAAGUGAUCAAAGAGGAAGUCCAGAAUUCACCACUGACGGACGGCGUUUUUGAUGACGAGUCCCCCUGCCCGGCUCCUCGACCGCAGACAAGCGAAACCCCCGUGUCCCCCCGUGCCUCCGUCUCUGAGGCGGACGUCACUCAGCAGGCGGAGGAGGAGAAAAGUCCCGAAAUGGAGGACGAGAAAUCAGCAGAAAAUCAGGAGCUGGAGGAGAAGGCAGCACCGGAGGAGAGCCCGGAGGAGCUCGGCGGGAGGCCUCAGUGGGAGGAGCUUGUAGAAGCAGUGGUCAAGGCUGACCAAUCGCUGGCCAGAACGCUCUACCCACUGACGGAUCGUAAGACGGCACUGAUGCUGAUGGAGCAGCUGCUGUCGGAGGACACGCUGCUGAUGGAAGAGCACUACAAGAAGAAACAAGAGCAGAGAGGAGACGCAGAAAGUGCUGAAGUGGUCAAAGGAGCUGAAGCACCUCAGUGUCUUUCUGCUGCUGAAGAAAGCCUCACACCUCAGUCUGCAGACCCGCAGAGCAAAGUUGACGUCACAGAGAAGAAGCAGCUGUUGGUGUCUCGUAUCGAGGAGCGCCUGCGCUCGCUGGAAGAGACGCGCGGCGCCCUCCAGACGGAGGUCGAGGAGAACGCGGGACGGGGCAAGGCCCUGGAGGCGCUGGUCCGCGAGCGCUGUGCGCCCGUGGAGCUGGAGAGGUACAACCUGUUCAUCGGAGACCUGCAGAGGGUGGUCAGCCUGCUGCUGUGCCUGUCUGCCCGACUGGCCAGGGUGCAGAACGCCCUGAGCACCGUGGACGAGCACACGGACGCUGAGGAGAAGCAAUCUCUGGACAGUCGCCACCGUCUGCUGUGCAAACAGAGGGAGGACGCCAAAGACCUGAAGGACAACCUGGACCGGAGGGAGAACCUGGUCUCCACCUUCCUGUCGCGCCAGCUGUCCGCCGAGCAGCUGCGGGACUACCGGCGCUUCGUCCAGACCCAGGCCUCGCUGCUCAUCCGGCAGAAGGACCUGGAGGAGAAGCAGCGGCUGGGAGAGGAGCAGCUGGAGGCCCUCUCCCACAGCCUCCGUCUGUGAGAGGAGGGGAGAGGAGAGGCAACGCAGGCCCUGGAUCAUUCCUCCCUCGGACGUGCACAGGGUUUUGUCUGUGGCUCAGUUCGCCACAUGCAGACACGGGACAGGGAUUUUAAAUUCUCCUGCUGAUAUCUCUAACCAUGACUUUCCUUUGUCCUUUUUUUUUUUUUUUAACGAGUCGUACAGGGCUACAGGGGAACCCAUCAUGUUGCUCUACUCUCCUCUCGUUGUAAAGGCUGCACAUGAGAUGAGCCGUAGUUGAGACUGAAGCUCGUUGCCGUGGUCGCCCAGGAGGCUCACCCACUUCCCGUCCGAACGCAGUUCUCCGUCUGCACAAGCUGCAGUUUGCAAUCCGAGGACUUGUCCGCCGUUGUCGCACAUGUUUUCCUUUGACUUAAAAAACAGAAGCCUUUUUCUGUUUUCUCCCUCUGUGCCUUGGUAUUGGUGUCGCCGUGGAACAUUUUUCCACGAGAGCUGCUGUGUGGAAACUUUGCGCCCCUCCGUUAGCAAUUCAGUAACUGUCCUUCCCUUUUCUCAUUGAGGUGACGGUACUGCCCGAGCCCUGUAUCUGCACCUGUGGAAACCCACCAUGAGCUUUAAGAUUGUAUAGGGCUUCAGUGGAAGAGAGUGUGGCCUGAGGGGGAGGCCAAGUACUGUAUCAUGCCAGUAAAUUGUACAAUAGAUGUAGGAAGGUUUAAUCUUUCUUUUUUAAUUUUAAUGUUCUUAUUUUUUGUGUGUGUUUCAAAAUUAAGGCACUAAAAACCAAAAAAGGUGAAUGGAAAAAAAAGCACUUUGUUAAGAUACACGAAUGCACAUUUCUUCAAAUCAGAUUUGUUUUUCAAAAUAAUUUCAAGUGAAAGCCUUAACUCCAUCCAGUUAAACAAUACAUAUAUUUUCUUUCUUUAUUUUGUCGUUUCAUUUUGAAUAGGAAUGUCGAACUUGUGUUUUGUUAAUGGUACACGAGCACACCCGGCAAAACAAUAAGGAUCGAGUAAAAAAAAUACUACAAAUUUCAUACUUCACGUUAUUAAGUUUGAAUGAUUUCUUGCUGGAACAGCUCCUCAUACCGAGGCGCUAAACCUCUUUAGAGCAGUUUAUAAUUGAGCAACAGUUAUAUCACUGGGUAUUUUUCUACCCAAUGUCCCUUUGUCGCAUUAGUGACACGUGAUACUUGAAAUACUUUUGUUUUGUUUUUAAGUAGUAGGAAAGUCCACAAUCUUCACUUCAGGUGUCCUUAAACUAAUGUUGUGUUCACUACCUCCACAGCGAAGCCCCUUUCAAACACGUGUAACCUUUAGGUUUAUUUAAAUGCACACGUUAGUAUCUAAUCGAUAGCUUUGGGUGAAAACACACACUCCCGAAUCAAAUCACAUUCCGCCACGUCUUUGAACAGCAUCUGUACUUCUCAUUGACAUUUGUAAUUAGCUCUGAUACUUGUGUUAAUCGCUUUUGUUCUGAUUCUUCAACCAGGCACAUGGGAGAGUAGUUUAAGAGUGAUGCAUCAGAAAAUGUGCAGCGUGUGUGUGCGCGUGCGUGCGUGUGUGUGUCCAACAGAAGGAACGAGAGCUUCUCUCGGUGUUUGCUGCGUUCGUUUUUCACCAAAAUCCUGAAUGAAACUAUCCGGAAUUUCAGUGAUCCAGUGAAUGGGUCGACUGUGUGUAUUUAUUGACUAAACAAAAGUCGAACAAGUAAACAAAUGAAAGCAGAUUUUUCCUCAGAAAGGAGGAAACUCUUCAACCUUUAACAACAUUUUUUUUUCUUUUUUUUCUUUGGUAAACGGUUUCACCACCACCCCCCAAAACAUUUCUCCGGUGAUUUACGAGCGUGCUCCUCGGCUUGCUUAACAAAUGUAUGUUUGUCUUGGCCUUUGUGCUGACGCAGGGCCGAGGGUUUAGAAAAAAGAGACUCUUGUGUUGUUCCCUGCAGCGCGCUGGAAUUCCUAAAGAAUGCAAAAAGACCAACACUUUGGAGAAAGAGAGGACUGUUGAGGAAAUAAACUCCCACAAAGGAGCAGCACAUGGAUGAAUACUGUGUGUGCAUGCAGCACACAUUAGACCACGACAGAGGUGGCACACGCGGGCUCUUAUUUUUGAAGUAGGAAUAUAAUUGUUUAAUUGGGUGGGAUUUUGUUUUUCGAUGUGAUAUGAACAGAAUCUGUUUAAAAACCAGAGAAGGAAAAAGACAUAUUUGAGUGAGUCUCCGGCUGCUUGGACGGCAGCAGAGACGUUUUUCUAAAUCCACUCUUUCUGCUACACGUCACGCCUGCUUUCUGUUGAGAGUUUGAGUUUUUUGUGUUUUUGUGCCUGUUUUGGAGUUGUAAAUUCCACGAUGUUUGUAAAAUUGUGAAUAAAUGGAGCUCUCCCUCUCCUCCUAGUC